AUGGGAGACCUGAAGCGGAAAAGAGGACGAAAGCCUAAAAAUGCGGUGGCGGAAGCUAGCCCCGCCGCAUCAGCCUCCACUUCCACCGCUUUGGAUGACGGCACAGUAGUCACGGUACCUACUGAAGCUACCAAACAGGACUCCCAGACCCAUCGCCGUGGCCGCGGACGCCCUAAGAAGGGCGGCAAUGUCCCCGAAGAUGACAGAAGUGACAUCCCCGCAUCGCCGAAAAGGCGAGCUCCUAGGUUACACGACCACAACGUCGCUGGAGACAUAAUCGCACAUAACGGACACGUGAUAGUUGAGGGUAUGGCAGCGCCUCCGCAGGUCAGGUGGGAGGGCGUGGCAGCAGCGGCGAAAGCAGCUUCGUCGAUGGAUGCGGUAGUGAAGGUGUUCUGUGUCCAUACGGAACCGAAUUUCUCGCUUCCAUGGCAGCGGAAGCGGCAGUACAGCUCCAGCAGCAGUGGGUUCAUCAUAGGUGGGAGGAGAAUUCUAACCAAUGCGCACUCCGUGGAGCAUCACACACAAGUCAAGCUCAAGAAACGCGGUUCUGAUACCAAAUACCUGGCCACUGUCCUUGCCAUCGGUACGGAAUGUGAUAUCGCUAUGUUGGCUGUGAGUGAUGAUGAGUUUUGGGAAGGAGUAUCACCUGUAGAGUUUGGAGAUUUGCCUGCAUUGCAAGAUGCUGUAACUGUUGUGGGCUAUCCUAUUGGCGGUGACACAAUUUCUGUGACAAGUGGCGUGGUUUCUCGCAUGGAGAUACUGUCUUAUGUUCAUGGCUCGACAGAGCUACUUGGUUUGCAGAUAGACGCUGCAAUCAAUUCAGGAAAUUCUGGUGGACCUGCCUUUAGUGAUAAAGGCAAAUGCGUGGGUAUUGCUUUUCAAUCGCUCAAACAUGAAGAUGUGGAAAAUAUUGGUUAUGUCAUUCCGACUCCAGUGAUUAUGCAUUUCAUUCAGGACUAUGAGAAAAAUGGGGCAUAUACAGGCUUUCCAAUCCUUGGGGUUGAGUGGCAAAAGAUGGAGAAUCCUGAUUUGCGCUCAUCCACAGGUAUGUCCCCCGACCAAAAGGGUGUCCGCAUUCGAAGAACUGAGCCUACAGCUCCAGAGUCUCAUGUUCUAAAGCCAUCUGAUGUUAUCCUCAGCUUUGACAGUGUUGAUAUUGCUAAUGAUGGAACAGUUCCAUUUAGACACGGAGAGCGUAUUGGUUUCAGUUAUCUCAUCUCUCAAAAGUACACUGGAGAUUAUGCUCUGGUCAGAGUCCUCCGUAAUACCAAAGUACUCGAGUUCAACAUAAAACUGGACACACACAAACGCCUUAUCCCAGCACAUAUUAAUGGCAGACCACCUUCGUAUUACAUUAUUGGUGGAUUUGUGUUCUCUGCUGUUUCUGUUCCAUAUUUACGUUCAGAGUAUGGAAAAGAUUAUGAAUUUGACGCUCCAGUCAAAUUGUUGGACAAACUUUUGCAUGCAAUGGCACAAUCAGUAGACGAGCAGCUAGUUGUUGUUUCUCAGGUGCUUGUUGCCGACAUCAAUAUUGGAUAUGAAGAUAUAGUCAACACUCAGGUCCAUGCCUUCAAUGGAAAGCCUGUCAAGAAUCUAAAGAGCUUGGCUAGCAUGGUGGAAAGCUGUGGAGAAGAAUUUUUGAAGUUUGAUCUUGAAUAUGAGCAGAUUGUGGUCCUACAGUCUCAGAAGGCAAAGGCUGCAACGAAAGAUAUUCUUGCGAUGCAUUGUAUCCCUUCAGCCAUGUCUGAUGAUCUUAAGACAUGA